AUGGCGUCCAAUCCUCCGAAACGAAAGCCCUCAGGGCCACAGGGUGCAUCAAAAGGAUCAAAUAAGCGCGCCAAAACCUACGAUGCGCGCACCCUGGCCGUGCAGUCGGCCGACGCCGCACUCUCCGCAACAGGCGAGCUCGAUGUCGCCGCCUAUUCUGCGGCUCGGGCAUUUGAGAUCCAGGCCCUCGAGGAGGGAAUGCAGCGGUCGAAAAGUGCGCUCACGACGCGGGCAUUCCAGAAAGUCCCUCGUUCGCUCAGGCGGCGUACAGCGAGUCAUAAUGUGAAGCGUGUCCCGCGGAGGCUGAGAGCUCGAGCGAAGCGAGAGAUGGCCGAAGACAAAACGCCCACUGUUACCGCGCGCAGGCGCAAGCCGUCUCAAAUUAUGCGUGUUCGUCUUGAUACCGCACGCAGACUCCAGGCACUGAACGCUAAAGCGAAGGCCCGACGGGCCGCCGAAAAAAUGGAUCAGAAGAAAGAGGACGAGACGAAGCUGAAAGAGCAAGGAAGCCAUAUGUUCGAUAUAGCGCCCCGGGUACCCAAGAUCAAGAAGAACAAGCUAUCAAGGCCCACGCCUGCGGAACCCAAGUACCGCAAGCGCCAAAAGUCCAAGACUUGGCUACCGACACACUUGUAUCACGCGAAACGGGCCCAUAUGGCGACGACCAAGGAUCCCAUAUGGCGUUUUGCGAUCCCGUUGUCUCCUACUGAGAAAAGCUAUCGGCCUACACACCGUGCCCGAGGCGCCAGGGGUGCUAUUGCGUGGGAUAUGAGUUAUAUGUCCACAAUUCAGCUGGAAGGCACAGAGGCAGCUAUCCAGGCUGUUCUCAUGGCAGUGGGUGUUGAUGGGGAUGUUGCAUGGGGGACAAAGGGGAAGAAAUGGAGAGCCGGCACCAGAUCUCUGCAGGCGUGGACAUUUGAGAAGGAUCAUCGUGUUCGUCCAACUGCACCAGUGACAAUGGCGUGGUGUGCCAAGCAGCAGGACGUUGAUAUGGUCGAUGCCGAUCAGCCUCAAUCCAAGCCAUUGAAAAAGGACCACCGAAAGCUUUGGAUCAGGGUCCACCCCUCAGCUUUCCUCCAGCUGUGGAAUGAUAUUCUCGACAUUUCCAAAAAGCAAAGUCCCCCUGUCAUGGUUGAGGACCUGCGAUUCGAUAUUGGCAGCAUCGAGAUCUCUGGACCUGGAUCUACUGAGGCCUUAUUGGCAACGUUGAAACCGAUCCUUGGGUCUGAUAUCAAUGAACCAUCAGCACAAAGCCCAGAAGCUAUUUGGCCAGCCCUUCUAGGCGUCUCGAAUCCGUCCUCAUUGCCAAACAAUGCUCUGCUAUCUUUUGCAGUCUCUGAUCCUCGCCUCCAUUUCCCACCACGCUCACUCCACGUCCCUACUAACGAAUCCCACAUGAAUGACCUUGCCGUCUUACUUUCUACAUGGAGCCCUGACAAAACACAAGGCCCAUCCGCACUGUUCGAUCGAUCCACCCGAUUAGCAGCCGCUCGUCAACUCCCCAGCCAACAGGCUAUCAACCGGCGUCGCACUCUUGCUGGACCCGGUAACUACCCACCUCCCCAGCCAUCUGAUCCUCAUAUCCCUAUCAUGAUAAUGGCAAACAAACCCCAAGCCCGGGCCAAAGAUAGCAACGCCCCAGGCUCUUGGACCGUUCUCUUGCCAUGGAAAUGCGUCGUUCCAGUCUGGUACUCUCUCAUGUUCCACCCGCUAUCUAGCGGUGGCAAUCCAUUGCUAGGCGGGCUGAAGCAACAACAACAACUCGCAUUUGAAGCCGGCGAAGCCUGGUUCCCUGGAGAUUUCCCAGGAACCCGAGCAGGCUGGGAAUGGGGCCAACGUGAGACCAAAAAGUCACAUAGCGAAUGGGAGCGCCGCCCUAAGGGACGGCGUCCUGAGUUCGACAGCCUCUCUCUAGCAGAAGGCCGGCCAAAGGGCGAAAUCGGCCGCGGUUGGGCUUGUGAUUGGGAACGACUACUCCAGGGACCGUCCCAGAAAGACCCGGCAGCCCAAAAAGCCGGUGAGAAGGGUGAAGCUCAGUCGAAGGGGUCUGGAACAGAUGAUGCUUCCGGUCUCAUCGUUCCACCCCUCAACCUACAUAAUGUUCGCUACCCGCGGGCUGAUACGUGUCAGACUCUGAGCAAGCUUGACAAACCUGCAGUCGAUGCUUCCACUCUUGCUACGGUUUAUAUAUCUCUCACCUCGCGGGGAACACCUACACCACGCGCGCGGAUCUACCGGCUCCCUGCGGAUCCAACUUUGCGCCAGAAAUGGCUUGCACUUGCCUCAAAGCACAGUAAAUCGGCUCGAACAGAGGCCCUGAGGGAAAAGCCAGCCCCUACUUCCGACGCAGCUCGACGUAUGCUUGCUGAGUCUCUAACAAAAGCUCCAUCAGAUGACUCUGACUCUGAGAACCCCGAUGUGCCCACAGAGGAUGACCUGAUUGGCUUUGUUACAACGGGUAAUUACAAUCUUUCCGAAGGCCAAGGCACAGGAAUUGGGUCAAUUCAGCUUUCCAAAGUGUUGGCUUUGAACUCUAAGCCUUCUGAGAGGCGAAUGUGUAUCAUUCGGGCUGCUGGCGAGAAGAUUGGCCGGCUGGGCCAGUGGGAGUUUGUAUGA